UGGCGGGAAUCUGUGAAUCACGCUGUCAGAAGUUUGAUCACUAGUCGGAAGACGCGUAGGUAAUCCAAUCUUGAGAAGUUCGACUUCAAUCAGGACCUUGAUGGAUAACGUAGGUGAAUGGAAACUGAGCAAAUAUGCAAGAGCAGUGGUUAGUGGUCCACAUGAUGGUAAAGAAUGGGAAAGUUUACUUUCCUCCCCAGAAAAACCGUUGGUCGUAUCUUUAUCUAAGGAAGGAAUACUGAAAGUCCAGAUGGAAAACGAUCUCCUGGAAUACUGGAAUUUACUCAGAGCAAAAGAUAUCAGGAUGUUUAUUCGGGAAUCGUGUCUCCUCUUCUUAUGCAAGGCCAAGGGCCUGGUACGUAAAUGGCGGAUACAGUUCUGCGGUGGUGCCUCAGCCAAUGAGCACUGCUCCAGGUGUUACAUAGUCAUCAACAAGUUCUUAUCCGAACCUUUUAUCCCUGCUAACCAAGGGAUGCCUGACAAGCCUGAUUCUUCGACAUCUACCAGGCCGCCCAUGUCGCAGAUGUCUACCACAGCUCCUGUCUCUUGGCCCGCUUCAUCAUUGGCUGCUGUUGAACCUGCAGACACUCCGACGGUGAGUGACACUGGUCACGUUAAUGUUCAAGCUCAGAAGAAAUCCGCCAAAACGUCACCCGCCAAGAAGAGACUCAAGUCAGAUGACGGGGGCUGUGCCAGAACGCGAGGUGAUUCUGAGCAAGGCACCAAGAAUGAUAGGAAUCUGCCAAAGGCUUCAGACCUGAUUAUCAUGCCCGGACUGGAGUGCAUGGUGAAGGCAACCAUCCAGGAUCCUAACUUUCCAGACCUGGUUGAGGCUGUGCAUACGAUCAUUUCAAAUAUGUGAAGAAUGCUCAGUGGUUAAAGCUGUAGCUUAAAAUGAGAACCCAGUGUUGUCUUCAUUUCAUAGAGCAUUCUAGAUGACUUUAUUGGUUUCUGAAUCAUAACCUUAGUCUUAUGUAAGAAGUUACAAUUUUUUUCUUUUCUUUUUCUUUACUUUAAGACCUUACGUUUACUGUAAGUUUCUUUUAAUGUCAAGGUCUAAUAUCAAUGAAGAAAAAUGAUGUGGCUAGAGACAAGAAGGAUUUGAAUGGCUGUUUCAUGGUCAUAAUCCUAAUUCUAAGUCUAACUGUUUCCUUAUGUGGUGGUAUAGAGCCAUGCUAUAAACAUGUGUAUGUAAAAUAUCAACAAAAUUAUCAGUGGGGAUUUUGUAUAAAAUGCAAUAAAUGGAAGUUCUGAA